AUGUUGUUGGUGUGGCUGAUUCUACUGUUUGUGCUGCCCCUGACAAGAGGCUCGACAAUGGCACCAUGGCGACCUUGUACAGAUCUUCUUCCUCUGGAUCUGUUGUCUCAAGUGCUGUUGCAUGGAAGAGCUGCCCUGGAAGGUGUGCAUGUAUUUCAGGAUGGGGAUGUGCGGGGUGUGCGCUUCUCUAGUCCCUCGCCUGCCCUGAGUUUCCCUGCCUCUGAGCUCUUCAUUAAUUGCUCCACCUUCCCUGCUGAGUUCUCCAUCGUGGCCACGCUCAAGCUUCCACACACUCUGCAGAUGAGUGAGUAUGUGUUCUCUGUGUUGCGGGAGGAGGGGCAUCUACUGCUGGCUCUGCGGGUCUCUGCAGAACGACUGCAAUUGCUGGUCGGAGCGCCGGAUGCCCGCCAGCAGCUGACCUUCAGAGGAGUUCAGAUAGCCGAUGGGCGCUGGCACAGCCUGGUGCUCGCUGUGUCUGGUCGUUAUGCCGUCCUCACGCUGGACUGUGGAAUCCCACUCGAGUUAGAACAAAAGAUGCCAUUUCCUACUAAUCUGAGUACCAAGAGCUCCUGGGUUCAUGUGGGGAGUCGCAAGAGAUGGAAGGGCCUCUUUUCUGGUCUUUUGCGGCAGCUGUCCUUGUUGCCUGGGUCCGAUGCCACCUUGCGUGUUUGUCCCGCUGCCAAGCCCUCACUGGCUGAACUUGCGGUCCCUCCAGUUUUAUUGGACUUCCCCAUCAAACAUGUAGACCACCUCAGCCCAUAUGAGGCACAGGUGCGGGUGAUGCUGGGCCCCACGAAAGUCUGUUCACAGAUGGAGCAGGGGCAGCUGUGGUUGGAUACACUGAAGAAAGGCCUAUUCCUCUGUGAUGGGACUCACUGGCUUCCUGUGCUACAGGAGAAGGAGAGGCUGGACUAUGUGGAUGACUACCAGGACUUGCAUACCAGCUCUGAGACAUUGGACAUUGAGCUGUUCCAGAUCCCUGGUGCCGGUUUGUUCGCUGCUAUGGCCCAUCGGGCUGCCACACCUGGCUCAUCCCUGUACCGCUGGAACAAUGGGUCAUUCCAGCUGUACCAGAAUAUCAGCAUGCUCAGAGCUCACAGCUGGAGACACGUCACCAUCGGGCGACAGGUGUUUCUAGCUGUGUCCAAUGCCAUGCAUCCUGCUGAAGGGCAACGAGAGCAGUCGGUGAUUUACAAGUGGAGUGUAAGAAAGAGGAAAUUUGUCCACUAUCAGACUCUCCACACACACAGUGCACGUGACUGGGAGGCCUUUCAUAUCAGCAAUGAUACUUUCCUUGCUGUGGCUAAUCACAGAACAGAGGCUGGCAAUCACAACAUUGAGAGUGUUAUCUACAAAUGGAACCCUAGCACCAGCAUUUUUGAGGUGAACCAGACGCUCCCCACAUCAGGGGCAUAUGACUGGGAGUUCUUCACUGUGGGCACCUACCAUUUCCUUGCCGUGGCCAAUGCAUUUGACGGAUCCUCCACCUACAUUGACUCCUCUAUCUAUGUCUGGUUCGAAGGGGCCUUCCAGGAUUUCCAGACCAUCAGGACAUGUGGUGCAACAGACUGGGAGAUGUUUCAGAUUGGAAACAGAGUUUUUUUGGCAGUUGCAAAUGGUCACAUGCUGUAUAACCAUGGACAGAGUCUCUAUGCCAUAAACUCCACCAUCUAUGAGCUUGACAUGAGCACCAAGAUGUUCCUCAAGUUCCAGGAUAUCAUCACAUACAGUGCAGUUGACUGGGAGUUCUUCACUCUCGGAGAUGAGCACUUCCUGGUGGUAGCCAACUCAUAUGACGGGUCAUCCUACUCUUUGAAUAGUGUCAUAUACAGGUGGCAGGGCUACGAGGGCUUCGUUCCUGCGCACUGGCUGCCCACUAUCGGCUGCAGUGACUGGGAGUUUUUCACUUGUGCUGAGGGAUCAUACCUCAUGUACUCCAGUGCUAAAACGUCCCUGUCCAAAGUAUUCAAACUGCGGACUCACUGA